AUGGAUUUCCAAAACGUGAAUUCCUUAAACGUUUGGUUGAAUUUGGUCACGGGUAAUCUGCUACCGAUGAUCGACCAUGACUUACCUAUUUCAUUCUUUUGGAAAAUUUACAGUGUUUUUGUAUGGAUGUUAGAAAUAACUGUAACGAUCAUGAUGAUACCUGGAUGUAUGUACGUGUCAAUGGAGAAGGCUAUAAAUGACAGCCUCAUCUGCCUUAUAGAAACAAUAGAAAUGUUUUUUAUGAUUUGGCGUAUUCACACUCGUAAAGAUCUGAUGCAUCAAUUAAUCCAAAAGCUGAAUGAGAAGCUGCAUACUGCUGAUGAAACUAUGAAGAACAUCGUGUCAGAGACUAUAGAUCCGAUAAGGGGUCCACUUACUUUCUACUGGAUCACCGGCAUGACGUCGAUAACGGCGUGGCAUAUUGUAACGUAUAUAGUAAUAUUCGAAAAGAAUCUAUUUUAUUACGAAGAUUACAGAGUACCUGCUGGUUUUUUUAAGGAGCCAUUCUCGCUUAAAGUCUAUCUAUUAGGAGGCUUGUUUAUACUGGUUAGCAUGGUAUAUUCGUUCAUAAAAAAAGUUGGUGCGGAAGUUUACACGGUGCAUUUGAUUUUAAUGAUAACCGCGCAAUAUCGAUACAUUGCGGAAAAAAUUGCAAUGACAUUUCAAGAAGAAAAUGAAGUUGAUGAAUAUCAAAAAGAACAUUCCCUUACAUUUAACCGAAAAAAAGAAACAGAAAUUAGAACACUCUGUCGACAUCACAAUGACGUGAUAUACUUAAUGUCAUUGGUAAAAGAAUUACUGUCUUUAAGCUUUACUGUAAUGUAUGUAAAUAACGUUUUACGAUUCUGCUUUAUUGGUGUCUUGUUAGGCAACAUAGCAUCAGUGACGUUCUUCGAAGCGAUACCGGUUAUGAUAUACACAUCAGGUGCAGUAGUACAACUUUAUAUUUUGUGCUCCUGUGUGCAACAAUUAAUAAACGCGAGUACGGAAAUAUCAGAUAAGGCGUUUCACGAAAAGUGGUAUUUGCUUCAGCCAUCAAUAAAACAUACAUUUAUCUUGAUAAUUAUGGCUAAUAAUUUAGAAUGCAAAAUUGCUACGUUUAAAAAUUUUAAUUUCUCCUUGCCUUCAUUUAUGGCGAUUUUAAAUCAAUCGUACUCAAUCGCCCUUCUGUUUUUAAAAACAAAUUGA